AUGCUGAUAAUCCGUCAGCUGACUUUUGGAUCGAACAAAAAAAAUGUAAUUGACUUUUUACUGAGAGAUCAAAAUAACGCGGGCCUGGACAAUAUUCCUCAAAUUCUUUUCUUCGAAAAAGAAUUAGAAGAUCGUGAGAAAAAUUUUCAAGAAACAAUUGGCAAACAAAAUCAUUUCACUGAACUAUUUGAUCAAUAUAAAGAUUUUCUUGUAAAGUAUCUAAACAAAUGUAUUUCUCUCCAUUCGAAAAUUGAAAUCAAUAUUGUUAUGCAAAACAUUGACGAAUGUCUUCACAACAAUUAUGAUUUCACAAAUCAUUUAGAAAUUCAACAGUGUUUACAAAAUAUGAAAAUAGCAUUUGAUUUUGCGAAUCAGUCAUUAAAUUGUUUAGAUGAUUGGACAAACAACGAUGUUAAUCAAUUGAAAAGAAAUAUCAAUAAUCCGAAUAAUUUUAUUCCAUCAUCAGAACAACUUCAAAUGAAAUACUAUGACCAAGAGAAAAUUGAACAUAUCAUUGAAUCAGAUCGGUGGAUCGUUAUCUUAGGUGAUCCUGGUUGUGCCAAAACAACUCUUCUUCGAUGGAUUGUGUUGAAUUUUUCGAAAAAAAUUCUUCAAAAUGAACAAAAACGUAUUCCAAUUUUAAUUCGCAUUGACGAAUUUUCUUCAUGGUUAAAUGAACAUCCCACAAAAACAUUGAUGGACUAUAUCGGUAAACACACUUGGUUCUCUCAAAAUUAUUCUGAUGAUGAUGAAAGUUUUACCUUAAAACAAUUCAUAAUUCAUGGUCAUGCAUUGAUACUUUUAGAUGGACUUGAUGAAAUUGGAAAUCUUGAACAAAGAGCGAAAAUUGUUGAACUCGUUCGAAAAUUUAUAUGUGAACAUGUCAGAACACCUGAUUUCAUUUCUGGAUUUGAUGAAACACAUUCUCGUAUCUAUGAAAAUCCACUGAAAUAUCUGAAAAUUUUAAAAAUUCAACCACCGGAUUCAAUAACUGGAAAUCAAAUUGUGAUUAAAAGUCGUUUUGUUGGUUAUUCAUUAUAUUCAUUAACAAGUCCUUCUAUUCGACAUUAUUCAUUACCAUUGAUGGAUCAAAGUCAAGCAAAAGAAUUUGCAAAAAAGUGGAUCAAUGAAGUUGAUGCAAAUCUAUUUGAAAUUGUCUCAGAAGAACGCGUUAAGAUUUUAUCUGAAAAACGAUAUCAAAGUUUAGAAAAACUUUUGCAAAGCAAUUCAGAAUUCAACAAAAUAACACCUGCUUUAUUAUCUUUAAUUUGCACAUCGAUUUUUCAAUCGAUCAAGGAAUUUUCUCCUGAAUCUCGUAUCGAAGUUUAUGAUUAUAUUGUUCAAGCAGCGAUGCACAUUUGGACAAAUGAAAGUCUAAUGAAUGAAUUCCUUAUAAAUCUUGCAACUUAUCUUCAUUUGUAUUCUCAAUCUUCGUUAAUCGAUGCAUUUGAUAUGGAAAGUUUAUGUUGUUUUACUUUACAACAACACAGAUCUUUUUCAAAUCGUCAAGAAUUGCACAAACAUGCCAAGAAAAUGAUUUCUUCAUUAGAAUUUUAUAAUGUAAUUGUAUCUGCGAAAGGUUUGGAAACAUAUGGGUUUUUUCAUUUAUCAUUUCAAGAAUAUUUCGUAGCACAAAAUCUUCUUCGAGAUUCUUCGAGGGAAAAAGUUGUCGAGAAGAUUCUUUCGUUUUCAAUCGAUUUUCGUCUUCACGAAUCGGUUUGUUUAGCGAUUGAAUGGAUUAGUUGGAAAUGGUCAAUCGAUGAAUACGAACAAUUUUGGAAAAGUUUUCUUUCGCAAGGUGAAAAGAGUCUUUUUCCAGUCGGAUCACUUUUCCUCUUCGAAACUUGGAAUCAUUUAUACAAAUUCCCUUCAAAAGCGAUUAUUUUCAUCGCUUUAAAUAAUAUACUUCAUUCGUCAUCGGAUUACAUUAGAGAAUCUUAUUUAAUAUCCAAUUUAAUUAAUCUAUCAGAUGAUCUUAUCAUUCAAUGGAUGAAUUCAUCUUUAAUAGACAACGAGACCCUCGCAAAAUUUCUUUCAAGUUUGCCAAAUAAGGCUUCUCAAUUCAAUGAUAAUCAUUUGCAGACAAAGUUGAAAAUCAUCUUUGAACGAAUUCCCAUCAAAUCAAUUGGCACGAACAAUUCUGUGAUGUGUACACAAGAACUACCAGAGUUAAACGAGUUUUGGAAUCAUGAGAACGAAAACCAUCGAAUAAUGACUUCAUCAAAAGCAUUGCUAAUUACUGAAUGUUUAUCAAAAUUGAAUGAAGAAAAUAUGAGAAGAAUGAUUCAAAGUACGUUGAAUUGUGAAUUGAUUGAAGUUGAUGCUCUCGGUAUAAUUAAACAUUGGCUUGAUUACCGAAAAGAUAAACAUCGAAGAUAUUUUGCUCUUUACGCUGCAUUACAAUUAAUUCAACAUGGAUCGGAUGAAAAAGUUUUAUUGGAUAUUAUUAAAGAAGAGUUUGUUAAAAAGAAAGAAUUUUCUUGGAAACAUUUGCUUGAAUCUGUUCUUAAUUCUUCAAAUGUUCAAGCAAAAUGUCUUACAGAAUUAUUAGAUUUAAUCCCAAAGGAUCUUUUUUAUUCUUAUUUAUGGAUUCAUCGUCAAGAAACGUAUGAUUCGCUUUUAGAAAUGACAUUUCAACGCAUCAAUUCAAUGAAUGCAUUUUUAUCAGUGUUUCCAAUUAAAACCAAAGAUUUAUUUCUGCACGUUUUCAACUACUUUCGUUCACAAGUGGAGAAAGAUGUCAUUCAUGAACAACAUUGUUCGAAUCUGAUUUCCUGGCUGAUAGGAGAUGAAGUUCGACACCAUGAUGAACAAUUUUGUAAUUAUGUUGAUGAAUUGCUUUGGAAUCAAAGAUUUCCAAAGAUUCAAAAAGCUAUUCUUUAUCAGCUUAAUUUGAUGUACAUUACUCAUAAAAAGUUUAAGAAAAAUCAAUUUCUACAAGAUAAAUCCAUCCUUUAUUUGGAACAAAUCAUUCGUUUGUGGAACGAAUAUCCCGAAGAUUUCAUAAUAGAUUGUUUAAUUACUUACGGAAAUUCUUUAUACAAUUCAAAUCAAAUCACUGAAGAGACAAAAACUGCUUUGAUGAAUAUUUGCAAAACAUCAAGCUCGGAAAGAAUUGUCAUUAGUGCAGAGUUUUGUCUGGCAAUGUCUCAACAAUCCAACAGUGCGCAGGUAAAUUCGACCAUCAAACACACAUAUCGAAUGUUAAUACAAAAAACGUUAUACCGGAAAAAUUUCAAAUUAUACCGAACAGACGAUGAUUUUGAUCAAAUUCGUCCUGAAAGUGAAUAUCAUCAUGAUAAUUAUUUUGGUUUUAAUUUCAAUACAAAACAAACAGCUGAUGAUUAUAUUCAUUGUCAUUCUAAUGAACUUAUGGAUUUGUUUGUGAAUGAUUUAUAUGAUUAUCUCGAGAAAUAUAAGGAUUACGAAUUGACACCGGAUUAUGUGGAAAUUGCAUCGAAGGUUAUCAAGAAAAAUCGAGAGGAAUUUUGCAAUUCCAUUCGGAAAAGUUCGUUUGGCGAAAAUUUGUUUAAGGAUAAAAUCUGUUCUUAUACCAAAAAGAAUCCGACGAAUUCACAAAACUCAAUGAAUAUUUAUUUAGCUUUUGGUAUAAUUGACAAUCAGUUUAUUGAUUUAUUUCAACAAAUCCAUGUCGACAGUUUUGUGCAGUUUACUCUUCAAUUCGAUUUCAUUAAAGAAAUAUCAGAUCGAGAUGUUAUUGAGAAAUUAUUUGAGUUAUUAAAAAUGACAAUUUCUGAAAAACAAUUUACUCUGAUAUUAAACAUAUUUAAGAAACUCAUCGAAAUCAACAGGGUAUCUUUGUUGGAAUUGCACGAGAAUUUAUUUGAUUUCAGAAAUAUUUCUUAUGACGAUGAUGAUGAGAAAACGAAAUCUAUUCAAGAAAGUAUCAUUAAAUUGUUACUUGCAUUGAGUGGAUUUGUUUGA